AAUAAUUUUUAAUGUAAAUAUAAAGAAACAAGACAUUGUUCGGUUGCUAAUUUUCGGCUAUUUCCAAACUCUGCGACCGUGUUCGGAAUUUCGUUUCUCUCUUUUUCUUCUGACGCAUACGACGAUGAAAUUCUCGUCCUUCAGCCACGAACAGUUCUUCCUUUCCCCUCUCUUCCUGUGUCAUCGUAUCCUCACCGCUUGUCCUCGCCUUCAUCACGCGUUGCUAUCGCCGUAUAUAAGAAAGCGAUGAUCAAGAAGCGUUCGAAAGCGAGGAUCACCUCGAUCAGCACAGUGCGCUAAUAGACGUUACUUCUCACGGAUCAGCAAUAACAUAUCUCCGAGAUGUUCGCGAAAGUCUCGUGGGUCGCCAUAACAAUAACCGCGCUAUUUUGCGUUUGUACCUUCGCUCAAAUUGUAUCGCAGGUCUGUUUAGGCUGCAUAUGCGAAGUUAGUUCAGGAUGUAAUACCACCAUCGGGUGUUCGGAAACUGUAUGUGGACCAUUUGCCAUAACAUGGGGUUACUGGUCUGACGCUGGUAAACCAACUUUAAACAGCGAGCCACUUAGCGACAAUGCUUAUGCCAGAUGCGUCAAUGAUCCUUACUGUGCUGCUGCCGCAGUACAAAACUAUAUGACCAAAUUCGGUCACGACUGUACCGGAAAUGGAGUGAUUGAUUGUGAAGAUUAUUUGCGUAUUCAUCGACUUGGCGCAAAUGGCUGCACCGGUGCGCUUAAUAGCAAAUAUGAGGAUAGAUUCAAAUUGUGUUUACGAACCUUCCAAAAUCAGCAACAGCACAUUUUCAAGAUGUUCUCGAGAGUCUCAUGGAUUGCCGUGACAAUAAUCGUGCUAUUUUGCGUUUAUACUUACGCUCAACUCGUGUCGUUAGUCUGCUUAGGUUGUUUGUGCGAAGUUAGCACAGGAUGUAAUAUUAGUAUUGGUUGUAACAACAUGGUAUGUGGACCAUUUUCGAUAACAAAAUACUACUGGGAAGAUGUUGGCAAACCACCUCCAAUGGGCGAGUCGAGCAAUGAUGACGAUGCUUUUUACAAAUGUGUUAAUGAUUUGUACUGUGCUGGUUAUACGGUACAGGCCUAUAUGGCUAAACACAGUAAGGACUGUAACGGAGAUGGAGUAAUCGAUUGUGAUGAUUAUGUACGUCUUCAUCGACUUGGUUCAGCCGGCUGCAACAACUCGCUAAGCAGUGAUUACGAGAACAAGUACAAAUUAUGUUUACAAACCUUCGAACGUAAAUAAUAGAUACAUCUUUUAUGAUUUUUUAUGUGAAUACAAAUCAACAUUAGUAGACAUAUUUAUACUAAAUUGCUUCUGAAAUCAUUGUUGUAACGUUCGAACAAAUAGUAUCGAGUGCCGUCAUGGAUAGAGAUUACAUAAUAAAGAAAGAAGAUAUA